GUAGCUUAGCCUGAAAGGCAGCGAAGAAAAGUGAAGAACAUUAAUAGAAGCUGAAAGAAGACAGCUUUAUUUGAGAGGGAAAAUCUAACAAAGCUGAAGAGUUUGCAAUUAUGUCUUCUCUCUGACUUUCUGAAACAGUGGUGAAGACAGGAAGUGUGAGAAGUUGUUGGAGUUGCUUUAGCUGGAGACAGUGGCAAAGGAGUUACUACGGUUAGCUGGAGAUGACAGCAAGAGUCAAGAACACAUGGCUGGAUCUGUCAUAGGAUCUCCGUGCCUGGCAUCUAUACUACCAGCAGCUCUGCCUCAUCCUGUCAACAACUGUUACCCCCACUUGUGCUGCCAUGUUGUCAGAGUCACGCUGGAGGGGUCUCCGUCAUACCUUGCUGGUGCUCUUCUCAGCCACCCUUCUCAUUGGCAUAACGAUGCUGGCCAUCUCCACUGAAAUCAGUCCUAUUGGGGUUUUCUUUCUUGUAGCAGGGGGCUUGUGUUUGGUUGGCUACCUCAUUAGUGUGGCAGCUGAACAAUGCCUGAAGCAUCAGAAUGCAGGAGAAGAGGCACAGGCAGCCCCAAGAAGACAAAACCACAAUGGAGACAACGCAACUUACGAAGCACCAGCAUAUGAGGAAGUGGUGGCUACUGGCUACUUGUCAGAUUCAGCGCCCACAAUUUGGACCAUUACAUCUAGUCCUGGAGUAACACAAGGAGAACCCCCUCCCUAUAGUGUGGUUAUUGAGCCUCCUGCCCAUGGAGAGACAGUGGUGGAAGCAUUGAGUGUCUCGGUGGAGCCUGGUACACGGCGGGCCUCCGAAACAGAUCUGCACUCGAGGCUGCGCCUCCGACUGUUCCUGCCCCCAAGACUGAAACGCUUUGUCUCAGAUUCUCAUGAACUCAAAGGGAGCGAAGAGCGCCUGGAACGCCUGGAACGCCUGGAGCCCCUCACUCCACCUCCUGCAUAUGAGAAUGCGACUGGUGAUGAAAUCUUUGAAGGACACUUUCAACCUUCAAAACCUUGACUGAAAGGCUGGAGAUUGACAAAUGGUGCCAGUAUUACCUCAUUACUUCUUUCGAGCCUAUUAUCAGCUUGGUAUUGGAGCCUGUGUGCUUCAUCUGACUGCAAAGUUUGUUUGCAAGGGCUUGGCUCUCUUUUAUGAAAAAUGCAUGUAUUGUAGACACGCAGCCAUGGUAAGGACUCCUUUUCUCCCUUUGGAGUUUCUUUCAGGGAGUGGGGAGAGGUAGAAAGGUUCUUAGACAUUUCAUCUGAUAUGGUUACACAUUUCCAAAGUCAUUCAUAUGUUCUUACCAUUGA